GGUACAUCUCCAAUGCAACACAUUUUUUCUUAUUUAUCCGAUUUAUUCAUUAAAAUAUAAUAUAAGUAUUGUUGAUUUAUUUGGUUCUUGCUGCAUAAGUUUGUAUUUAAUUUCAAGGUAGGAUAAGAUUUGCAAAUCACUUGGGUUGUAUAAGAUAUGGCGGAGGACGAGUCAAAAUCUCUGGAGUAUACACCGACGUGGGUGGUUGCUGUUGUCUGCUUUGUAAUUGUUCUCAUAUCUCUUAUUGUUGCUCGCGUUCUUCGCCAUCUUGGGAAGUGGUUGGAGCAUAAGAAGCAAGAUGCACUCUUUGAAGCCUUGCAAAAAUUAAAAGAAGAAUUGAUGCUAUUAGGAUUCAUUUCCCUCCUAUUAACCGUCUUACAAAGUGCUCUGGUUCGAAUGUGUGUCCCACCUUAUCUCAUAUCUCAUAUGCUUCCCUGCAAGAGGCAUACUCAGUCCAAUUAUCAUCUUCCUCAAGCUAUAAAUAAUACAAGGCGUCUACUUUCUGAAGACGGUAGUUUGCAACAUUGUGCCAAAGAGGGGAAGGUCCCAUUAUUAUCAUUGGAAGCAUUGCACCAGCUGCACAUAUUUGUCUUUGUGUUGGCUGUUGUUCAUGUGAUAUUCUGUGCCACUACAAUGGUUCUUGGAGGAGCAAGAAUACGUCAAUGGAAGCAAUGGGAGGAAUGGGUUAAGAAUCAACCUAAAGUUGAAAAAGCUCCAGCAAAGGACAGUCAUCGCCAUGAGUUCAUCCAUCAACAUGCAGGUCGGUAUUGGAGGAGGUCAGCUGUAAUUAGUUGGAUGAUAUCGUUUUGCAAACAAUUUCAUAUUUCUGUGACUAAGUCAGACUACAUAGCACUUCGAGAGGGAUUUAUAAUGACCCACAUCCCUUCCACCCAUGAAUUUGACUUUCACGACUACAUGACGCGAACACUUGAAGUGGAUUUCAAAAAUGUUGUCGGCAUAAGCUGGUACCUGUGGCUAUUUGUAGUGGUGUUUUUGCUGCUAAAUGUGGAAGGAUGGCAUACUUAUUUUUGGAUGUCAUUUCUACCUUUACUUCUUCUACUUCUUGUGGGGGCCAAGUUAGAGCAUAUAAUAACUCGCUUAGCACAGGAGAUUGUCGAGAAGAAGAAGCAAGACCAAGAAGCAGCACGAGUGAACCCUUCGGAUGAACACUUUUGGUUCCAUCGGCCUCGAAUUGUGCUUGACUUAAUUCACUUUAUUCUAUUUCAAAAUGCAUUUGAGAUGGCAUUCUUCUGCUGGAUCUUGUUUUCCUAUGGGUUCCAUUCAUGCAUCAUUGAAAAAAUAUACUACAUCAUCCCAAGAGUUAUUGUUGGCAUAGUUGUUCAAUUUCUCAGCAGCUACAGCACCUUGCCUCUGUAUGCUCUUGUCACACAGAUGGGAAACAAAUAUAAGAGAGGCAUGUUUGGAGAGGACGUGGAAGAACAUCAUGAGAAAAGAGGUGAAGCAAGCACGAGCAACUCCACUGAAAGUAGGAUGACAGAAGAGUGUGAUCAAAUUGAGGAGCAAGAAAUGGUUGUUAUUGAAGAAAGCAAAAAUUCAGCAAUCCAAAACCAUACAUCAUCAGCUUGAAUUACGAUCAAGCAAAUAAUAAGCUUCCGUGAAGUCAGUUAAUUUAAUCGACUCUGUUUCAUAUAGUAGUAACAUCUGGCUACUUAAGCUCAUAAUCGUUUUCAUUUGUUCUGUUCAAUGAAUGUGUUAAACUGUU